CUAGAAAGCAGUUCAGACACCCCACCCCAGCUCUGUCCAAUGUCUUUUGGUGGUCCACAUUGUUAUUUAUCACCGUCUCUCCCAGAAAAUUCAUUGAAAAGUGUUCUUUUCUUCAUCAAAUGGAAGACAAGGAAGAGUUUCUCAAGGAAUUCGGUGACUAUUACGGUUAUCCCAACGGCCCAAAAACCAUCGACCAAAUUCGCGCCACCGAGUUCAAGCGGUUAGAAGAUACCGUGUAUUUGGACCAUGCUGGAGCAACCCUUUACUCCGAGUCGCAGAUGGAAGCAAUCUUCAAAGAUCUUACGACUAGUGUUUAUGGAAAUCCCCAUAGCCAAAGUGAUUCUAGUUCAGCCACUAGUGACAUUGUAGCUGAAGCUCGCCGACAGGUCCUUGAUUACUGCAAUGCUUCUCCAAAGGAUUAUAAAUGCAUAUUCACUUCUGGGGCAACAGCUGCAUUAAAGCUUAUAGGGGAGAACUUUCCAUGGAGCUGUCAGAGCAGCUUUAUGUACACAAUGGAAAAUCAUAAUAGUGUACUUGGUAUUAGAGAAUAUGCACUCAGUCAAGGAGCUGCAGCCUUUGCAGUAGAUAUAAAAGAGGAUGUGGAUCAGAGUGGAGUAUCUGGAAGCCCUGUGACUUCAGUGAAGAUAUCACAGCAUCCAGUACAGAGAAGAAAUGAAGCUGAAGUUUUGGAAGGGGAGCUUACUGGUGAUGCCUCUAAUUUGUUUGCCUUCCCCUCAGAGUGCAAUUUCUCUGGAUUGAGAUUUAGCCUUGAUUUGGUGAACAUUGUUAAGCAAAAUGCAGAAAAAAUUUUGGAAGGCUCUCCAUAUUCAAAGGGAGGUUGGAUGGUCUUAAUUGAUGCUGCAAAGGGCUGUGCAACACAACCCCCAGAUUUGUUACUUUAUCCUGCGGAUUUUGUUGUAAUCUCAUUUUAUAAGUUGUUUGGCUAUCCAACUGGACUUGGUGCUCUCAUAGUUAGGAAUGAUGCUGCUAAGUUAUUGAAGAAGACCUAUUUUAGUGGAGCUUUGAACUUUUCAGGCACUGUUGCUGCUUCAAUUGCUGACAUUGACUUUGUCAGAAGACGAGAAGGUGUUGAGGAGCAUUUUGAGGAUGGCACCAUUUCAUUUCUAAGCGUAGCAUCUAUACGUCAUGGAUUUAAAAUAUUCAGUACCCUUACUGCAUCUGCAGUGUGCCGGCAUACCAUGUCACUUGCCAUGUUUUUGGAGAAGAAGCUCUUAGCUUUGCGACACAAAAAUGGAUCAAGUGUCUGCACUCUUUAUGGCAAUCGUUCUCUAAAGGUUUCUAGUCAUGACUCUGGCUCUAUUGUCUCAUUCAACCUAAAAAGACCUGAUGGUUCUUGGUUUGGAUAUCGGGAGGUGGAAAAAUUGUCAUCCUUGUCUGGAAUUCAGUUACGGACAGGAUGCUUUUGCAAUCCUGGUGCUUGUGCAAAAUAUCUUGGCUUGUCCCACUCGGAUCUUCUUUCUAACCUAAAGGCUGGGCAUAUUUGCUGGGAUGACAAUGAUAUAAUAAACGGAAAGCCAACUGGAGCUGUUAGAGUAUCUUUUGGUUACAUGUCAACUUAUGAAGAUGCUAAGAAAUUUAUUGAUUUUAUAAAACGUUCCUUUGUAUCAAUGCCAAGUGAGUUCGAGAAAGGGUAUCUACUCAGAACAAAGUCAAUUCCAUAUCCAAGUGAAGGUUUAGAAAAUCGGCUAUCAAGUUCUGGUUGCUAUCUUAAGUCCAUCACCAUCUAUCCAAUAAAAUCAUGUGCAGGUUUCAGUGUGGAAAGUUGGCCACUGAGCAGUACAGGUCUGCAAUAUGAUCGAGAAUGGCUUCUUAAAAGCUUGACUGGCGAAAUUCUUACACAAAAGAAGGCUCCUGAAAUGUCCCUCAUUAAUACCUUCAUUAACCUUAAUCAGCUGAUGUUGUCUGUAGAGUCACCCCGUUGCAAAGGGAAAUUGCAGAUCAAACUAGACUCUAAUUCAUAUCUUCAUGGAAAAGAAGAAUUAUAUAUGCAUAAUCAAAGAUAUGAAGUCCAAUGUUAUGGAAAUGAAAUCAACGAAUGGUUUAGUAAUGCUGUUGGUCAACCUUGCACUUUAGUGCGAUGUUGCCAUUCCCAGUAUUGCUUCUCUUUGAGCAAGAAUAGAAGUAUGGGCAUGUGCAGAAAUGUGGACAGCAGGGUGAAUUUUUCAAAUGAAGCUCAGUUCUUAUUGAUUUCUGAGGAAAGUGUAUCUGACCUGAACAACAGACUAUGCUCAAAUACUCAAAAACGCUCUGGUGUAGCCGCACCUUAUGUCAACCCAAUGAGAUUUCGGCCUAAUCUUGUCAUAUCUGGAGGUGAACCAUAUGCUGAAGAUGGAUGGAGAAAUCUUAAAAUUGGGAACGCAUAUUUUACUUCUUUAGGUGGUUGCAACCGCUGCCAGAUGAUCAAUUUUUAUCAUCAAAUGGGGCAAGUGAAAAAGACAAAUGAACCUUUGGCAACUCUAGCAUCAUACAGGAGAGUGAAGGGGAAGAUUUUAUUCGGGAUAUUGCUGAGGUAUGACUCUGGUGAUGAGGCUGUGCUGGAUACAAAUUCAUGGCUUAAUGUGGGAGACGAAGUUUACCUAAAUUCAGAAUAGGAAGAUAUGGACAGAGGAAAAACCUAUCUGUUGCAUAAGCAUGUACAGGAAAUACUGCAUGCUCCUGAACAAUGGGAUACACACAACAUUAAAUAAGGGCCACUCAGCAUGAACACAAUUUUGUUAUUCGUGAAUGCUCAAACAUUGAUUCUAUAUAAUGAACAAUUCGCAGAUAUCCUGAUUUUUUA